CUUUUCCAUUCUUGGUCAGAGUAAACAAAGUUUCUUUUUCUCAUGUUUAGGAGAGUUGAGUAGAGAGCCUCAAAAGAUGAGUUGGCUUCUAUCAAUACUUGCUAUCAUUCUCACAGUUAGUCAUCUUUCAGAGGCUAAACAUGUGAGAAAACUUCCAUCUGCAAUAGUUGUUGGCACUGUCUACUGCGAUACUUGUUUUCAAGAUAAUUUUGAUAAAAGCAGCCACUUCAUUUCAGGUGCAUCUGUGGCUGUAGAAUGCAAAUAUGGUAAAGCUUCAAAGCCAGUCUUCAGGGAAGAAGUGAAAACAAACAAGCAUGGAGAAUUCAAAGUUCACUUGCCUUUCUCUGUAAGCAAACAUGUCAAGAAAAUUGAAGGGUGUUCUGUUAAACUCAUAAGCAGCAGUGAGCCAUACUGCUCUGUGGCUUCUACAGCUACUUCAUCUUCACUCCAUCUCAAGUCAAGAAAGCAAGGAACACACAUUUUCUCAGCUGGGUUUUUCACCUUCAAGCCACUAAAGCAGCCAUUUCUCUGUAAUCAAAAGCCAAGCAUUAAAAACCCCAAGAAACCCUUUACUAAUGAUCUCAACAAAACGCCCUCUUUACAUUCAAACAAUCCUGAUUUGACAUUCCCCCCACCACUCAAAGAUCCAGAGCCUCCUAGUGGUGGUCUUCCUUCUUUUCCUGGACUCCCUUUGCUCCCACCAUUACCAAAUCUCCCUCCUUUACCACCUUUACCAAACCUCCCAGGAGUUUCACCUGUAAUUCCAGGAGACCAAAAGACAGAACCUAAGCCAAUUCAAACUUCACUAAACUCUCUUCAUGAACAAACCUAUAACAAAGAAACAAUCCCAAGUUUUUUCUUCCCACCAAAUCCAUUCCAGCCUCCACUUAUCCCAAACCCAUUCCAGCCACCUCCACUCAUUCCCAACCCAUUCCAACCACCUCCAGCUCCACUCUUCCCAAACCCAUUCCAACCCCCUCCAGCUCCUCUCAUCCCAAACCCAUUCCAGCCCCCUCCAACUCCAGCCCCACUCAUCCCAAACCCUUUCCAGCCCCCUCCAACUCCAACUCCAGCUCCACUUUUUCCUAACCCAUUUCAGCCCCCACCAGCACCAACUCCAAGGCCAUUGUUUCCUCCUUUCCCACCAAUAAAUGUACCAGGUUUUACUCCAUCACCACCACCUCCAUCACCACCACCUCCAUUGUUGCCAUUCCCUUUCCCUCCAUUCCCAUUCCCAUUCCCUACUCCUCCCAGCCCAAGAAAUCCACCUUCUUCCUCCUCCCCUUGACCGAACUAAAUAUGUAAAACCAUGUAUAAUUUCUUAUAAGCUUUUUCAUUUUUUUUUCACUUUUUUUAUUGUAAAUUUUAGUAAUGGUUUGUCGUGUAACUGCCAAGAACAAGUACUAUAGAGUUAAAACUUAUAAAAGUUUGUAGAAUGAAAUUACAUUAUUAAACUUGGAAUAAUGCUAUCAUUUGGAGGCUUGUGUUGUGUUUGUUUAACUCUUUUAUCUUUACCGUUAAUAAAAAUGAGCUGUUUCCCAUAAUGGAUUAAUGGGUUCCUCUCAGAAAUUUAA